UGACUGCACCAGCAGGUUUGGCAAAACAGGUGUGUGUGUAGCAGAGGUGAGAGCUAUCUGAGACCAACACCAAAAUGGACAGGCUGAGCAGAGGAGCCAGGAUUGCUUACAAGCGGUGGCGAAAUCCUGAAUUGAGGGAUGAGGGAAAUUUCAUUGGUCAAGGUGAUGAGGACCAGGGCACAGACAAUGAGAUCUGCACUAUAUCCUCAGCAGGAGUCGACCCAGGGGAAAGCACGUCUGCAUCUGGGAGUGAUAAAACUGAGGAGACCUUUACAAUAGAUGAUGUACUGGAGGGCAUCGGCUUUGGAAAGUUCCAGUGGAAAAUGUCUAUCCUCACCGGACUGUCAUGGAUAGCAGACGCCAUGGAGAUGAUGCUCCUUAGUAUCUUGAGUCCGCAGCUGCACUGUGAGUGGAGGCUCCCCGGCUAUCAGGUGGCUCUCAUAACAUCGGUGGUCUUUGUCGGAAUGGGCCUUGGUGCACCUUUUUGGGGGAAUGUGUGCGACACGUACGGCAGAAGAGUAGGUCUGACGAUGUCUAUGUGCUGGGCUAUUAUGUAUGGCGUAUUGAGUGCCUUUGCUCCAGUGUACGGCUGGCUUUUGGCCCUGCGUGCCCUCGUAGGCUUUGGCAUCGGUGGAUCGGCUCAGUCGGUGACGCUGUACUCAGAAUUCCUCCCUGUGAAGGCAAGAGGCAUCUGCGUCAUGCUGAUCGCGGCUUUCUGGGCGAUUGGCUCUGUGUUCGAGGUCCUCCUGGCAUUGUUCAUAAUGCCCACUCUUGGCUGGAGGGCGCUGCUCGGCUUGUCCACUAUACCAAUGGCAGUCUUUAUUUGCUUCUGUUUUUGGCUGCCUGAAAGUGCUCGUUUUCAUUUGCUGUUGGGACAAACGGAGAAGGCCAUGGCGACUUUAACACGCAUCGCAAACGACAACGGCAAGCCCAUGCCUCAGGGGAGGCUUAUCACCUGUAAACAGACUAAACAUGCACGGAUCAAAGAUCUCUUCACUCCUCAGUAUCGGAAAACUACUAUUCUUCUGUUGUUUACCUGGUUUGUAAAUGCUUUCGCCUAUUACGGAAUAGUCCUGUUGACAACUGAGCUUUUCCAAACUGGAAAUAAAUGUGCAGCGGCGUAUGGGGCCAAGAUUGAACCGAAAUGUAAUCUGGAAUGCAAAUAUUUGACAUCAGCUGACUACAAAGACCUUUUAUGGACGACCAUGGCUGAAUUUCCAGGUAUUGUGAUCGUCCUUCUGGGAAUUGACUGUAUUGGCAGGAAGAAGAGUAUGGCUCUGACUUUCUUUGUGUUUUCUUUGUUCAUUCUGCCCUUGUAUGCUUGUAUUGGGAGGCUGGGUAUUACAAUCUGCAUCUUUAUUGCCAGAGCCUCUGUCUCUGGGGGAUUCCAGGUUGUUUUUGUUUACACACCAGAGGUGUACCCUACAGAAAUCAGAGCCUUUGCAAUGGGGACUUGUAGUGCAGUAGCCAGGCUGGGUGCCCUGAUCACACCCUUCGUGGCACAGGUGUUGCUGCGGGCAUCGUUGCCUGUGACCCUGUCGUUUUACUGUGUCUUAAGUCUGUUGGGUGGCAUUGUAUCCCUGCUGCUGCCCAUUGAGACGCUGGGCAGAACUCUCCAGGAGUCUGGUCAUGAUCAGGAGGCCGGAGAGCAGACGGUCGCCCCAACCAGCAACUCAAAUAAUACAACACAUCCCUCGGAGUAGAGAUAAAACAAUCAGGAGGACUGAAAUAAAAAUAGAAAGGAUAUUUUGUUUACUUCAGGCAACUGUAGAUGCCACAGUUGCCUGUUUUACUCUGAAUUGAAUCCUGUGAGCGAUGAUGGGUGAAGAACAACGGGGGGACAAUCUCAUUACAGGCCGGGAGUGAUAAUUGAGGGUAGGCCUACUUCCCAUGUCUAAUGAGAGCGGAAGCACACUUGUGCUUGGACUGGUUUGUUUACCCUCUCUUCAUCAAGGCCAUGAGAAGCAACGGAGGGACAAUGAUGAUUCACUGUACGGGCUCUGCUUACAGCUGCACACUUUAAGCCUUGCCUUUAAGAGACAGAGACCUUUAUUUUACAUGUGGAUAAAAAUGACUUAAUGUAUUUAUUUAUAUAUAUGAAGCCAGGAUGCCUUUCACUAAUUAAAGUUGACCAAUAU